UUUUGUGCGACGGAAGUGACGAAAGCGCGGUGCGCCUCAGCGUGCGAGUCGAGGUCGCUAUGAACAGUGUCCUGUGCUCACGGGCUGCGGGAGCGGUCCGGGCUCUGCGGCUCGUGGGCUGGGCUUCGCGAAGUUUGCAUCCGCCGCCCCGUGGCCGGUCUCCAGCUCAGCCUGCAGACAGGGAAAAGGAGGACGAAGACCCCAACCUCCCGAUCCAAUUUUCCGGCAGCAAAGCCACCCCGAUCCGCUGGACCGUGGAGCAUUCCCUGGGGAAGCCGCAGCAGCGGCCCUGGUGGAAAGUGCUGCCGCUCACCCUCACACUCGUGGCUCUGGUAGUAUGGUGCUACCAGAGGGAGGAGAGCGGCAUGGACCUGUGGUUGGGGCAGGUGUUGGAAGAGGAGGACGAGGAGGAGCCGGAAGGUCCUCCGGAGGAGCUUGAAGCUCCGGCCCUCUACGGGGCUAGAACGUAACAGAGUGCGUGCUGAGGAAGGGACUAGGCAGCCGUCCUUUGGUUUUGUCGUCGAAUUUGACGAUUUCUGAACUGGUUCUGCGCAUGUCCUCGUUGCUUAAAGGACUUGGAUGGCGCUCUUGGCGCUGAGACACAAGAACACAGCACAAAGUUGGAGGCUUGAAAUCUGAUCUUUGCCGAACACCAAUGCCCAGUGAUUACGUCCAAAGAACUUUUGAGGUUCCUAGAAAAGGUUUUGGGUGCACCUUAUGCUGUUGAGUUAUGAUGUGUUCAUACAGCCUAAUCAUGUUUCCAGCGUUAAUCUGGCGGAGGUGUUACCUGCAGUUCAUUCGCUUUCCGAGACAGACUAACUGCUGAAGUGUAAUUAGCUAUGUGUGUGCAACAUCAGUUGAAGCUAUUUUUAAAAACUAACAAAUGGAAAAUACAUUUGGUAAAGUCUAAUGAACUCAAUUUUCUCACCUCCCCUUUCAUCAAGUAGGCUUUGGUUUGUUUGUUUGUUUGUUUGUUUUGAAACACAGUUUCCCUAUAUAGCUCUGGCAGGUCUGUCUAGAACUGGCUAUGUAAACCAGCCUUGCCGCAGACUUAAGAGAUCAGCCUGCUUCUGCUGCCAUCUUUUUUUUUUUUUUUUUUUCUUCUGCUCUUCAUUCCCACGUGAGAACUUAAAAACAAAAACUUGACUGAAGUGGUAGUGUAUGCCUGUCAUCUCAACACUUAUGAAACUGAGGCAGGAGGAUCCUAAGUUUGGGAUCUGCUUGGGCUACAAAGGGAGGGCCUGUCUCAAACAAAACAAAACAAAACAUCAAUAACAUAGUGGGGUUUUUGUUUCUGUCUUUUCACAGAGUUGGGGUUGAACUCAGGAGUCUAUUGUGCUAUCCUACCAAUGAGGUCUGUUUCCAGCUCACAUAGAAUUGCUUUUGCAAAAAAAAAAAAAAAAAAAAAAAAAAAGUCACAUUUCAUGCAGCGGGUUCUCAGUGCUGCCAGGCUGAUAACUUCUCUGAAGUGAUGUGGGCAGUUGAACUCGUGAGCAGAAUAAGUGGGGACACUCACUACACCUCUGCUUUCUCGUUCUCUUUCUUUCCUUCCCCCUUCCUUUCUAAUUUUUCAAGACAAGGUUUCUUUAUGUAGCCCUGGCCAUUCUGGAAUUCUGGUUGUAUCCCUGGCUGGCCUUGAACUCAGAGGCAGAGGCUGCAUCCGCCUCCUGAGUGGUGCGAUCAAAGGCGAGCACCACCAGAUCUGAGUUUCACAUCUAUUUUAUUUUACGGAUAGGAGAAUAGGUUGUUAGCUGAAGGGUUAACUAAAUGUUUAUUAAAUUUUAUUUAUUUAUUUAUUUAUUUUUUUGUGCCAUGCUUGUCCUAUUUCCCAAGUAGACUGUAGCUUGUGUUUUUCCUAUUGUUUUCAGCCCAGUGAAUUCUCUGGGUGAAUGCCCAGCAAAUAUCAGGUGGGGAGAGGGCCUGUAACUAUAAGCCAGCUGCAUGUACAAGACGGUAGAUAAACUGUUGGGCAGAAAGAAAUGAUUAAAUAAAACAUGUUCUUUUGAGGGAGGAGGAGUUAACUGACGCUUACAAAAUUAGAUUUACUUCAUGUGUAUGUAUGUGCAUCACAUACAUGUCUGUUGCCUAUACAGGUAGGAAGAGGGUGUCAGAUUCCCUGGAACUGGAGAUACAAAUGGCUAUGAGCAUCCAUGUAGGUUCUGGGAACUGAACUUGGGUCCUCUGGAAGCGGAGCCAUUACUUUUAACCACUGUGAGCAAUUUCUCCAGCCCCAACAGCCACUUUUUGUAAGUUCUUGAAAAUGGAAAGGCUCAGUAGUGUUGGAAGUGAGCUGUUACCCAGAUAAAAACCUGUUCUGUUCUGAGCCGUAGCCCUCGACUACCAGCUUCAAUAAAAGGACAUGUCUGGCCCUUAUGUGGGUGUCACAGGUGAUGUUUGCAGAGGAAUAAACACAUCUUUUGAUGAGA